AUGUCUAACCCCACGUCUUCUUCUAUCCCAACUAAUCAUACCAUUUUCACAACUCCUGCUUCUAAAAAGUAUUCAGUAUGCGAUGCGGAGCACAGCUAUUUUUAUAUUCCUCCUUGCAAAUCAGUUGUUCAGUCCGAGAAGCCUCUGACGGUGUUUGUGGAACGCAAUGCGAUUGAUGGUUUGGAAUUGGAAUGGAUCAAACAUUCUCCUGGCGCAGCUGCUCUUUAUGUUCUCAUAGCAAUCGUGACAGUUUCCUUCUACGCAACAUGCUUUCUACUCCAGUAUGGAAAUUAUGCACCGAGAUCCAGGAAUAAUGUUUUCGAUGAAGCAUUCCUUACCCGUGUCGUGAUUGUGCAAUGGUUGGUGCUCCUUGCCAUUCUCUUCUCUGGAGUUUUCCUUUACCGUCGCCUCUUCAUGCCUCUCUACAUCUUCCUGUCUGUGAUGGCUACCAACGGAACUUUGGUGCUUUUUGUGCUUAAAGUGAAGCAACUGAUUGACGAGAAAAUCACAAUUAGUGUGUUUCCGCUAAUCUGUCUUCUAAGCUUGUUUCAUUUUUCAGUGGACAUUUCGUUGAACAUGCUCGGUCUUCUUCUCUUCUGUGCAGUAAUGCACGAUAUCGUCUACUUUUACGCGAUGCACUUGAAGCUCAUCGAGUCUCGACCUUUCCGUGCCAUUGAUAUCCAGAGUAAUGAUACAGCGGUCCCAAACCAGUAUUCCACAAUUCACUCCAGCAGGUCUUCCUUGAACAAAAAGGAACCCUCUGACAUCGUCUGA